CCCUUCGCGACCAUCGAUUCUCGACUCGCGAGAAGAAACCCUACGCUUCCAAGAAAAAGCAGCAGAUAAAGGAGGCGAAGUCAGGGGACUUUGAUGCCGAAGACAUCGUCGUCUCCCUCGCCCACCAUCACUCCCAUGAACCAAAUCAUCAAAUCUCAACUCCUACCCCACCAAACCCUAACACCCAAUCCUCCUCCUCCCCUGCCGCCGCCCGUUUCAUCCGCGGCCGCCAUCGAUGACGAGGUCGAUCUCCUCCACUCCUCCUUCCAUCACCACCACCACCACCACCAAUCGCUGCUCAUGGACGACGACGACGACCCCAGCUCCCAGGCCCCCGAAACCCUAGUCCACUCCCACUCCCACUCCCCCUUCUCCUCCCUCCUCCUCCGCGAUGAUGACGAGGAUGAGGAACCCGACGAGGACGAGAUCGACGCCGAGGAAUCCCUAAUCGAAGACCGGAAGCCCCUUCCGACUGCCGCCACCGCUCCGCCAGAUUGUUCUUUCGGCGAAGCGUCAGCCGUUGACGUCCCUCCGGCGGCGCCCCGCAUCGACCCGAGCCCUCAUGUCUCCUCCCAAUUUUACACUUUUAACCGCCAAUCGCACGCCCUGAUGGUGCGCUGCAUCCUCGAAGGCCGGCUUGCGACCCCGGAGGAGAUUCGUUGCGCCACGCCCCGAUCCGUGCUGAAGUCAUGGCGCUCUGUCUGGAAGGACCGCAACGAGGACACGGCAUACCUCACUGCGUGGAAGCGCAUCCAGGACAAGCUCCACGCCCACAUGGAUGGUGUCCUGCCCGCGCUCUUGUUCAAAAACAACUCAGCGCAGCGAGUCUCGCAUGUGGACCAGUGGGAGGAGAUCGUCACCACUGCCCAUGCCGACCCCGACCUGCUGCGGCAUCUUGGGUUGAAGGAGACUGUCGACCGGAUUAAGCAGUCCUGGACGGUUGGUGCCAAGUUCUACGGUAUCCCAGAGUCGUUCAUCCGCGUUUGCGUGGCUUCCUGCCCGAUCUGCUCCUCUGCCACCUCUCUGACAUCUCGUGGAAGCAGUGCUCUGGCACGGUCCAAAAGGCGGCGUUUUGAGUACACUGAGUCCUUUGAAGUGCCUGCAAAGGAUGUGCAGCGACACCUUCAGCAGCUUGCUGCCAAGCACAAGGUAGCGCUUUGCAUCCGCCAGAAAUACAUUAGGUACAAGCCUUUCAUGGCUGAAGUGAAGGAUUAUGCUUGCCACCGAGCUGGGGAGCCGACGUCUGCCAGUGCUUCAGCUAAGAAAGCUAGGGUUUUGAAGAGGGAACCUUACCAGUCUAAGCGUUGUGGAUGUGGGUUUCGCAUAAGGGCGAUUGUGCCCAUAAUGAACUACAAUGAAAAGGACAAGACUUUUGUGUACCAGGAGGAGGGCACUGCCAUGUUCAAGCUAUAUGCAGUUCAUUCUGGGCACGAGCCUGGUCCGCUUGAUGGGAAUGCUAGGAUCAUCCACCGAGUAAUUGGGAACAAGGGGGCUUUUGAUAUCGAUCCAGAGGUUUAUGGGGUUAGGGAAGAUAUGGAGCCUGAGUCAUUUGUUAGCCUUAUGGGGAAGGAUGACAGAGGGGAUUCACAUCACAUGGUUCUGCAACAGGUCCAAGAACUCAGGGUCGAGGUUGGUAUAUUGGAAGGAAGAAUUACUAAAAUGAGCCCAGAGAUGCUGCGAUCAUUGUCACGUGAACUGUCUGAUAUCUUGCUCAAAUUGAGGAGGUUGGGUGGGGGAGUGCAUCACUCAGAGGAAACAUUGGUAGGUGAUGGUGAGGUCGCACAAUGGGGAAAUAACGACGAUCAUCAUCUUGAUAGACAUGAUAGGAUAUUUAGUAAGGAGGCUGAGAUGAUUGAAGAGGAGGAUCCAGAUUUUGGUUCAGAUCUUGGAGCCAUCGUGCCAUGGGAGAGGAUGACCGCAGACUGUCAGGAUAGGAAGAUGCUUAUGAGGGAUAGCUUGAAGCCUGAUAAGUGGAUAUUGAAAGAACACUGCAGUGAUUUUGAUGAGAAGAGCAUUCUUUGUGGUGAGGAUGAGGAAUCUAAACUAAUAAAACCCUUGACAGAUUCAAGUCUGGUAGGGAUGCACGUGGAUGGUUUUUAUGCCGACAAUACCAAGUGGUAUGACUCACCAAGUGGCUUAGAUCCUGGUACAGAUUCUGGAGAUGGUGGUUUUAGGCAUGGAGGAAUGGUGUGAAGCAAGGCUGUGCUUAUUUUUCCCUUAUUAGAGAUGGAAGGAAAGGAAGCAACUUGUAAAUUCUGUACACUAAAGAGAAGUUCUGGGCCCACCAUUCUAUUAUCAGGAAUAGGUCUUAGGUGGAUAUUCGCUGCAGUUCCCAUGUUCAUUAAACACACAUUUGCCUGUCAUCUAGCUUUCUUUUUUUUCCCUGUGGAUAUCUGAUAGUGGUUGAUUGUGCUAUAUGUGCUAUCUUAUCUUUGAAUCAUUCUAAUUAUGAGUUUAGCAAGACUUAUUGAUUGUUUUUUUAGUAGGAACAUUUUCUCCAUUUGCGAUGGAAACACUAUCCUGGAGAUAAAUUUGGCAAUUUUUUAAUAUUUGAUCUACUGGUUAUUUAAUCAUUCACAUGUGUGAUGAUGCCAAAGGUACCUAGGAUGCACCCUCAGUUUUUCUUUAUCCUAAGUUUCCUGUCAUUCAGAUGCUUAUUUUCUCAAGUGUCAUCUUGUUGAUUCCUCCCAGUUAGGUACUUGUCCUGUAAGAAUUCUUUACAAUAUUUUAACUUGUAUCAAUUUGCAUUUUGAUGUUGCAGAUUGUCGUUUAAGUAAUUUAACAACUUGUCAUGUACAAAUCAAAGAACAGCAUGAUCCAUCUACUCUGCAAUUUCAGGUAUUUCAAGUACUUCUGUUUCUUUGUCUUAUAUGGUUGUGGCAAGGCAUAAAGUAGCAUGCAUGGUCAUGUGUCAUUGCCCCUCUAGGGUCAUCAUAUGAUGGUGUGGAUUGUUCAUGUCAUGCAUGCCCUGGGCACAAUGGUACAUGUUUGUAAGGUACCACCUCCAUAUUUUGUUAGUUUGGCACUUUGGCUCUUGCUUAUAAAUAUAUUUCUCCAUUUGAUCUUUAUUACCUUGCUGUGGAUAUCUUGAUUUCAGCUGUGAUGUGAUCCUCGUUACUAUUAUGUACUUGCUUGGUGCUUGCAUUUAUUAUUAUUUUUUGAAUUGUACUCAUAUCAUGUCUUUCUUAUGGAAUAUAUUAAAGAGGGCGUACCUACUGCACGAGGCUCUCGCCAAUGCGGGGACUGGGGAGGAUCAAUGUACGUAACCUUAUAUUUAAAUAUUAAAAAAGACUGUUUUCAUUCUUAUGGGUUAUAUUGUGUCCUCAUAAGGGACCUUUAUGUAGGCACUUUAUAUUGGUUUCACUGACUUUAAAUUUUGGUCCAACCAAAACUUCUUAUCAUUAUAGAAGCCUACAUUGUGUUUAUGGAUA